GCAUUUGAUUGGUUGUCCACUUGCAUCAGAAACGUUAUGGCGACUAGUGAAGAAAAAUCGCAAAAAUCUUCAAUGCACUCUCAUUUAAUGAGACAGGAUUUAGCUACAUUGGAUAUCUCCAAAUUGACUCCAUUGACACCUGAAGUUAUCAGCAGACAAGCAACAAUUAACAUUGGUACAAUUGGCCAUGUAGCUCAUGGAAAGUCCACUCUUGUUAAAGCUGUAUCUGGAGUACAAACUGUCCGUUUUAAAAAUGAAUUAGAAAGAAAUAUCACCAUUAAAUUGGGCUAUGCCAAUGCCAAGAUCUACAUGUGUGAUGAUCCAGCUGUAGGACGGCCACAAUGUUAUACUUCUCGUGGAAGUGCCCAUGUUGAUGAAUUUGUCUGCGACCUGUCUCCAACGAAAGCCAAAUUUAAGCUUGUUCGUCACUUGUCUUUCGUUGAUUGCCCAGGUCACGAUAUCCUUAUGGCGACUAUGUUGAACGGUGCCGCUGUUAUGGAUGCAGCUCUGCUGUUGGUUGCUGGAAAUGAAUCAUGUCCUCAACCGCAAACAUCGGAACAUUUAGCUGCCAUCGAAAUUAUGAAGUUAAAGCAUAUAAUAAUUCUCCAAAAUAAAAUUGACCUGGUAAGAGAUACACAAGCUAAGGAACAGUAUGAGCAGAUAAGGAAAUUCGUUCAAGGAACGAUCGCUGAAUCAGCUCCUGUUAUUCCGAUAUCUGCUCAGUUGAAAUACAAUAUGGAUACUGUAUGCGAAUACCUUGUUAAAAAAAUUCCUGUUCCUAUUCGUGAUUUUACAAGCGAACCAAGACUGAUCGUUAUUCGAUCUUUUGAUGUUAAUAAGCCAGGCUGCGAAGUAGAAGAAUUACGCGGUGGUGUUGCAGGAGGCUCUAUUCUUAAGGGAGUUUUGAAAGUAGGUCAAGAAAUUGAAGUUCGACCUGGAAUAGUAAAUAAGGAUGGACAAGGAAAAUUGACAUGUAAGCCUAUCCGCUCCCGCAUCGUAUCGUUGUUGGCUGAACAGAACGACCUUCAAUACGCUGUACCAGGAGGUUUAAUUGGAGCAGGAACCAAAAUCGAACCAACUUUGUGUCGUGCUGAUAGAAUGGUCGGGCAUGUUUUAGGGGCAGUAGGAUCAUUACCUGACAUUUAUACUGAAAUAGAAAUAUCGUAUUUCCUUUUGAGACGUUUGCUGGGCGUUAGGGUUGAGGGAGAUAAGAAAGGCGCGAAAGUACAAAAACUAGCUAAAGGUGAAAUGUUAAUGGUUAAUAUUGGUUCUUUGUCAUCUGGUGGUCGAGUUAUUGCAGUUAAAGCUGAUUUGGCUAAAAUAUCUCUACAAAACCCUGUUUGUACUGAAGUCGGAGAAAAAAUUGCUCUUAGCCGAAAAAUUGAAAAACACUGGCGAUUGAUAGGUUGGGGUCAAAUAAGAAGAGGUAACACCGUAAAACCGGAAAGUGAUUACUAA